AUGGUCGCUCAACCAGCAAAGAUGCCCCCCAUGAACCCAGUCGUCGCCAGGGUUAUGCCCGUUGUCAUGACCGUCGGCAUUGUCUCCGCCGUCGCAAUGAACAUCCGCUGGCAACUCAAGACACAUGCCGCAACCCAAGACCGCUUCUUCGCCCAAUAUAAGAAUCCCCAGAGCGAAGCCGCCCGCAAAAAGGUGUUUGAAGGUGCCAAAGAGGACCCCCGAAAGAGCUGGUUCAACGUCCUGGGCUGGUGA